CGGGUCGUUUGGACGACGUGCUCGCGAGGGGGGGGGAGAAAAAAAGAGGCGUAAAUGAGCGACAGCGAACGGAACGCCUAACCGUUCGCGCGAUUGCAGUGCCGGUUUACAGCGCGCGCUCUCCGGGACGUAAUCCGCGGGAAAAUCGGCGGCUCGCGCGUUGCUCGGCCGUGACUCGACGAACGCUUGGUUUCAGCACCGGCCCCGGGACAGCACGCGUUAGCAUGUGUUUCUACUCUAGUAAAACGGUGUAAACGCCCGUGUGUCGCGGAGAUCGGCGAGGAAUGGCAUCGCGGUGGAUCGCGUUCAUCGCUUUGCUGUGGGAGUUUCAGCGCUGCGUGUGCCGCGAGGUCACUCUUCCCACCGGGCCGCUGUAUCGGGUCGCAGGCUUCUCGCUGUCCCUUCCCUGCGCCGUUUCGGCCUACGAAGGCCCACGGACGCAGGAUUUCGAGUGGUAUCUGUACCGGGAGGAUGCUGAGGGCCGUCAGAUCGGCGUGGUGUCCACGCGAGACGACGGCUUCCCGUACGUGCCGUUCCAGGCUCGCGUGCAGGCCGGCGAGGUUCGAGUCGAGAGGGAUUCAGGAGACAAAGCCAGACUGAUCAUCCAGAGGCUCCGGUCAGAGGAUCAGGGCCGUUACGAGUGUUACACGCCCAGCACCGACACCCGCUUCCUGGGGAACUACAGCUCAUCGGUGGCGGUCAAAGUGAUUCCCGACACGCUGCUCAUAACACACUCUCGCAUCCUGAGCGGUCAGCCCGUUACCGAAGGCACGGAGCUCCAGCUGACCUGCGCCGCCUCGGUCCAGUCGGAUCAGCACACUCACGUGUCCGUCACGUUCGGCGUGCGCAGCGCCAGGGGCCCGGAGUCUCUGGGGCACAACCUCCGGGAGAUCAUCGGCGUGGACCGCGAGCUGCGCGUGACGCCGGGCCGCAGCGGAGCCUACGGGAAGAGAUACCGGGACGGGGAGAUGACCGUGGAGAAGCGGAAGGGCGACGGAGGCCGCGAUCUCUACGUGCUGAAGAUGAGCGCUCUGGCACCCGAGGAUUCUGGCUCGUAUUUUUGCGAGGCGGCUCAGUGGAUCAGAGAUCCGGAUGGGAAGUGGGAACGCAACGCACAGAGGACCAUGGAGCUCGGGAACCUCACCGUUCAGCCGCUGGCGGAGACCCUGAGCGUGCGCUCCUCCCCGGAGGGCGUGGUGUCCCUGCGGCCCGGCGCUCCGCUCCGCCUCGGCUGUCAGGUGUCGGGCGUGGGAGCGUGGAAGCGCUCGGCGCUGCAGGUGCAGUGGAUGCGGCGCGGGCCGGCGGGCGGCGUGGAGGUGGAGGUGGCCCGUCUGGAUCCCGAGGGCGUGGUGACCUGGGGAGACGAUCUCAGCCGGGCCGGAGGAGGCGGCAUGGAGAAGGAGUCCGAAGGGAGCUUCUCUCUGCGCCUGUUCUCCGUCCGCCCCGCUGACGCCGGACUCUACCGCUGCGCCGUGAGCGUCUACGCCGGGAGAAGAACACCAGCCCCGGAGAGUCCAGCCACCGUCACGCAGAGAUCCGAGUGGGUCACGGUCAGCCUGAAGACCGAAGAGGUGCGUGUUUCAGCCAGCAUUGAUUUGCCGCGCCGGCCGCUCCUGAAGCGCGGCAGCACCGUCACCCUGCUCUGUAACGUCUCCGUGGAAGCCAGCGGCGCUUCACGAGUCGAGGUCCAGUGGCUUCGGACACCCGAGGAGCCGGCGAGGAAAGGCGCUGCGCUCUCGGAGGACGGCGGAGGCCGGCUCCUGGCGACUCUGACCCACGACGGCCUGACGCUCCUCUACGGCAACGGCAGCGAGCUGAGCGCGGACCGUCUGUCCGCCCGCUGCUUCCGCCUGAGGAUCUUCUCGGCUGAGGAGGAGGACCAGGGACACUAUCGGUGUCGGGCCGAGGUCUGGGCGCAGGAUCCUCGCGGUGGAUGGUACGGCACCGGCGCUGAAGCCCAGUCACUGUCCACACACCUGUACCUUUACGCCCGAGUCACCGAUCUGCUGCUCUUGCCUCUCGUGAUCGGCGUGUCGUCGGCUCUGUUCGUGGGGAUCUUGAUCAUCGCCACCGUGACCUGCUGCUUUAUGAACAAACUGGCGAGACAGCGCUCACGCGCACGGAAGUAGGAAGUAUGAGAGAGACUUUCACGGAAAAGCAUUCAGUGAAUAGAGCGGGGUUUAAACCGGUAGUGUUGACAUAAUGUGCGCUCGCAAUCAGAGAAGAGAUCGGAGCGAUAACACGUCACGAUUUACUAUUAAUGGAUGCUAACAGUUACACACACACACACACACACACGCACGCGCACGCCGCACGCACGUCGAUGCACUUCAAGCUGUGACAUUGUGAUUUGCACUGUUUCUAUUCAUUCCACUUUGACAGAAGUUGAAUAUUAAUCUGUGCGCGUUUGCCGAACGCAUGAAAGCACGUCUGGACGAGAGUCUCAACGCAGGUAUGUCCUGGAGAACCACUAAUGAUUAAUCCAGCACUGAAAUCGCUCACUCGUACUUCAACAGAACACUUGUUAGCAUAAAACACCUUCGUGGCACUGCGAGGCCCGCCGUAUUCUUCAUCUUUUGACGUUUUGUAAUAGAAUGAAACGCUCCGAGCUGUUCCAGUGAGUCGGGAGCAGGUCCCUCUCUAGUGCAUGUUUGUUUUUCAGUGACGUGUUCAUAAAGUUACUUCAUUCCUCUGCGUUGUAAAUGGUGAAUUUCACAAUGAAAUGCCUGGGUCAGAUUUUACCUCAAAAACCUAAGGGGAAAAAUCGCUUUUGCAUCUGAUCAAAAAUUUUUUUAUUUUUGAAGGAUUUUGUUUUGUUUUCAUAACAUUAUUAUGUAAACUGAAGCUCAUUUAAAUCCUAAAUGGACCUUGUGUGGGAUAUGUGGCAUUAGUUCAGUACAGCAAAUACUAAAAUACUAUUUUAAUUGUGCUUUAAGAUAUUUAAUAUUCACGAUUAUGAUAAUCAUCAUUAAGCGCAUCCAAAAUAUUUUUUUGAUUACACAACAUAAAUGAGUGCACUGUUUAUAUUUAUGUAUAUAUAAAUAUACACACAUUCAUAUAUGAAUAUAUAUAUGUGUGUGUGUGUGUGUGUGUGUG